UAAGAGACUUUACAGUGAACAUGUCCACAGAGGACAUUAUAUGAGACUUUACAGUGAACAUGUCUACAGGACUUUUAAAUGCAAAGUGUUCAGAGUAUUUGUUGUGUUGUUGCAGCAGCGGUAGGUUUGGCGCCUGCUUCCUGCCAGCUCUCUGUAAGCAGAGCGAUCUUCAGGUGUUUGCUGCUCGACCUGGACUCAGACUCUGGAGGUCUGACAUCAGAGGACAGGUGGAGCACACCCGACAGCUCAAACCACUCUUCAACACACAGAUUCCUCAGUUUGAGUUGUUUCCUCGACCUGGUCCAAUUGGAGCAUACUGUCCAGAAGACAGACAGGUGGGUCUGCUCAGCUGUUUCCUCAGAGAUGGUUGGAUCCUCAGCUGGAACGAGUACAGCAUCUACGUCCUGGACUGUCUGAACGAGGUGGUAGUCGGGGCGCUGGAGAGCAGUGGAGACAUUGUGUCGGUGUCGUGUUGUGACAACGAGAUCUUCAUCCUGAAGGGAGACCGAGAUGUCAUCCGUCUCUCCAACGGCCCUGAGGGACUUGCCUCCAACUUGCUGGAGCUGUCUGUCCAUCAACCCUCACCUUUGGCCACGCCCACCAUCCUCCCACCAACUGGAUCAGUGGAAACAGCUCAGCCUAUCAGAACCAUGGCUAUCAUUGUAGAGGGUGGGGGGAAGGAGCAGCAGGGCAGGGGAUGGGAGAGGCCCAGCGAAGAGGGAGAGAAGGAGGAAGUCGAGGAGGCAGAGGAGCAGCUCGAGGUGAUGGAACCACCCUUCCAGCAGUCAGGUUUGUUCACCAGCAGCUCUCGUAGCCGCAGCAGCUCUGUCACUUCCUAUGAGAGUCUCCAUGGAAACACCCCGGUGACCACUUCCUGUGAGCUGAGCUGCAGGCGCUACAGCGCCCCACUGGGUCAGGAGGGGCUGCAGCAGGAGCUGGUGGUGAAAGCCAUCCGAGUGAAGAAGAAGAGGAGACGCCAAGACAGCAGCAGUGGGAGCUGCCUCACGGAGAGCAGCUGCUCAGAGUCCAUGUUUGUGAUCCAGGACGUCAGCUGUAGUGAUGGAGGAAGUCAAACUCCUCUGAGUGACAGAGCCUCCCUCAUUGGUCUUGACCUUCAGAAUCAGGACUCUCUUGAGCAAAUCCAGGACCAGAUCUCACAGAAAGCAGAGGGUGAAGAUUUAGACAGGGUUGUAAAGGAUGGAGAGGAGGCGGAGUCUUCCUCCUACCAGUCUGGUUCCUGCUCCUUCCACCCUCCAGGCUCUCCACUCCUCCAUGGGAUGGAGAAACCAGGAAAGGCCUCUGAUCCUGGUGUAGAGGCAGAGGUUGUCCCCCUGACCCCGGAUGUGGAUCUUCUGCUGGAGUGCACCUUCUCCUACAUGCACAACACUGAGGAGGUGGAGGGACAGGAGCAGCAACCAAUGGAGGAGAAGGAGGACGAGUUUCUUAGCCCCCUGAUUGGACCAGAGGAAGAAGAGGAUGAGGAUGAGGACCAGGUUCCCCCUGCUGUUCUGGCAGACCAGAUGUUUUACUCCACUAUGUCCAGUCUGGACAGAAAACCCAGUCUGUCCAGUGACGAAGAGGGAGACAUCUAUUGUCCCACUCUGGGCCCUUCUGGCAGCCGGGGGGAGGUCCACUCUGCCCAUCAGAUGGAGACCACAGACCGACAGGUGGACCAGGACGCUCAGGAAAGAGACACACUCAAACCUGACCAGUUGGCAGAAAGCUGGAUGGGUUACUCAGGACCAGGAUGUGGAAUACUGAGCCUGCAAGUGACUGACAGGUAUGUGUGGUGUCUGGACUUUAAAGGAGGACUGUUCUGCAGCGGUCUACUUGAGACUGGGCUCAACUGGCAGCGCUUUGAAGACAACGUCCACCAGGUGGCGUUGUCACCCUCAGGUAAUCUGCUGUGGAAGGUGGAGCAGAGGAGCAUGACGGCGUUUGCUUGUGCUAAAGUGUCAGUAAAAGGAAAGCGUCACUGGUACAAAGCUGUGGAGCAAACGGCCUUCGUGGCCCUGAGUGACGACUCGGCCUGGAUCAUCAGGACCAACGGAGACCUCUACCUGCAGACAGGUCUGAGCGUGGACCGGCCCUGUGCUCGCUCGGUGAAGGUGGACUCUCCCUGUGUGUUCACCCAGGUGUGUGUAAGCGGAGGUGUGGUCUGGGCUCUGAGCGAACACAAAGCUUUAUUCUACAGAGAAGGACUGAACAGCUACUGCAGUGAAGGAGAGGGCUGGAAGUAUGACACCGUCAGUGAGGCUCAGGGUCUGGAGUUGAUGUGUGUCGCUCUGGCAGAAGGUGGUACAGCUUGGGCGCUCGAUGCCAGCGGCAGCCUCUGGUUCAGAACCGGCAUCUGUUCCUCCAGACCGCAGGGCGACGACGACCACUGGUGGCAGAUCAGUAUUUCGAACUACGUGGUCUUCGAUCAGGGCAGUCUUUUCCAGACGCUGCUGCAUGCAACCCAGAGUGUUGCGACGGUCACCAGGGCGCCGGUGGAGCGGGUGGUGGCCUUCUUGUCGCAGCACUCGCAAUGCCAGCCGAGCUUGGUCAGCGCCAACGGCAGUGGAGUUUGGGUCGCCUCAGGACGUAACCAGCUGCACCUGGCCCGGGGCAGUCUUGUGGGAACUUUCUGGCAGAACGUUGUUCCAAGAGGAACCGUCUCAGCCACUAAGUGGAGCUUCAUCACAUCUUCAGCUGUGCCUCACAGAGAAGGUACGUUCCUGUGGUUGGCUCAGAGCAGGAAGGAUCUGUUCUGUGUUUGGGACCAGGAUGGAGAGCUCCGCCCCUCAUCCAUUCUUCUACCAUUUGAGAUGGAGCUGACUCACCUGUCUGCCUGCCGUGAUGCUCUGUGGGGUUUAGACACCCAUGGCCAAGUCAGUAUUCGUACUCUGUCUCCGUCCUGUCCCUUCGGACUCCACUGGACCCCCCUGGACCUCAACCAGCUCGGAAGUGUUCGUCUGGUCAGUGUGAGCUGCGGCAGUCAGAACGUCUGGGCUGUGGACACUCGAGGAAUAGUUUACUUCAGGGUUGGAACUCAGCCCCUGAACCCAAGCAUGAUGCUGCCGGCCUGGAUCAACAUAGAACCACCUGUACAGCCAAUCGGAGUGCAGCUGGUCCGGAUUCAGACGAGUCCCAAUGAUCGUCUCCUCUGGGCUUUGGACAACAGAGGAAGUGUCCUGGUCAGGACUGGACUCAGUGAGGAGAUGCCUGUGGGGACCGACUGGGAGCUGGUACCAGGGUUAGCCGUCAGUCAGCUGGUACUCAGCUCUCGGACCGUUUGGGUUCGCUGUGUCAACGGAGAUCUGGCUCGUCGUUACGGGGUCUGUGACCGGAACCCUGCUGGAGACUACUGGAAGAAAAUCCCUGGAAACGCCAACUGGUUAACUGUGACCCCAGAGGACGAGUUGUGGGCGGUGACUCUGAUUGGUGGAUUAUCCCGUCGCCUGACGAAGCUCCUCCCACAAUCUCCCUGCAGACCCACCCCCUCGGGUUCCUCACUCAAUGGGGACGACGUCGACGACGAAUGGGAACUCAUUUGACCCAUGAUGUCCUUUUAAUGUCACCACUUAAGAUUAAUGAAAUAAGAUGGUCAUACAAAGGUAACCCAGGUGGCUGCUGGGAAAUGACCUGAAUUUUUGUUUUAACAGGAAGCACUUUAAUAAGAAGGGACGGUUGACUCUUUCCCAAUGAGUCAAUCUCACUGUUAAGUGGAAAUGUAACAUUUCAUGUUUCAGUCAUUCUAUUUUAAACUGGUUUCAACUGCUUCUGACUGGUUCUAAGACUCUAAUAUUUACGCCAUUGUGGUUCAGAAUGGCUCCAACAGGUUCUAGAAGUUUAGUUCAUUCUGGUUCAGGACAUUAAAUGAACAUCAGACAGUUUUGUUACGUUUUCUUGUUGAAACCGGUUCAGUCUGGUUAAACUGGGUUACACUAAGUUAAACUUGGUUUGAGUGGUUGAACUGAGUUGAACUGGCUACACUAAGUUAAACGCUGCUGACUGGCUGUUAGGAGGGUUGGGGGCUUUACAGCAGCCCUCUGGUCCUCAUGUUAAAGACAGGGAGGGGCCUAAUGUGGACCUGGAUGUAUAAGACCUUUAAAACAUCAUCUGGAGCCUGAUGGACUGUAGCGCACUCUAAUGGACCCUAAUGGACUGUAGUGUGCUCUAAUGGACCCUGAUGGACUGUAGUGUGUUCUAAUGGACCCUAAUGGACUGUAGUGUGCUCUAAUGGACCCUAAUGGACUGUAGUGUGCUCUAAUGGACCCUGAUGGACUGUAGCGCACUCUAAUGGACCCUAAUGGACUGUAGUGUGCUCUAAUGGACCCUAAUGGACUGUAGUGUGCUCUAAUGGACUGUAGCGCACUCUAAUGGACCCUAAUGGACUGUAGUGUGCUCUAAUGGACCCUAAUGGACUGUAGCGCACUCUAAUGGACCCUAAUGGACUGUAGCGUGCUCUAAUGGACCCUAAUGGACUGUAGCGCGCUCUAAUGGACCCUAAUGGACUGUAGUGUGCUCUAAUGGACCCUAAUGGACUGUAGUGUGCUCUAAUGGACCCUAAUGGACUGUAGCGCGCUCUAAUGGACCCUAAUGGACUGUAGUGUGCUCUAAUGGACCCUAAUGGACUGUAGCGCGCUCUAAUGGACCCUAAUGGACUGUAGUGUGCUCUAAUGGACCCUAAUGGACUGUAGUGUGCUCUAAUGGACCCUAAUGGACUGUAGCGUGCUCUAAUGGACCCUAAUGGACUGUAGCGCGCUCUAAUGGACCCUAAUGGACUGUAGUGUGCUCUAAUGGACCCUAAUGGACUGUAGUGUGCUCUAAUGGACCCUAAUGGACUGUAGCGUGCUCUAAUGGACCCUAAUGGACUGUAGCGCGCUCUAAUGGACCCUAAUGGACUGUAGUGUGCUCUAAUGAACCCUAAUGGACUGUAGUGUGCUCUAAUGAACCGUAGACUGUGGUGUACUCUAAUAGACCCUGAUUAACUGUAGCGGACUCUAAUGGACCCUGGUGGACUCUAGCGGGCUCGAAUGGACCCUGGUGGACUAUAGCCAACUCAAAUGGACCCUGGUGGACCGUUAAACUGGAUUGAGGUUCAGGUCUUAGGUCUGAACUGGAUCUGUAUUUAGUGUGUGCUCAUCAUCCUCUCAUGAUGACAGCUGAUUGGUUGGAAAAUGUUCACCUGUUGUGAAAAUCAUUAACUUAAUAAACAUGUUGAAACACA